CAAGCCCUCUCUCCCACCAACUCCCACCGCCCAAAUCGAAGCAAUGUCGCCGGAAAAUCCCUCCAAUUUCUGGGGCGAUACGCCCGAGGAGGAGUACUACGCCUCCCAGGGCGUCCGCAAUUCCAAAUCCUACUUCGAUUCCCCACACGGCCGCCUCUUCACCCAGUCCUUCCUCCCCCUCGACCCGACCCGCCCCGUCAAGGCCUCCGUCUUCAUGACCCACGGCUACGGCUCCGACUCCUCCUGGAUGUUCCAGAAGUUCUGCAUCAGCUACGCCGCCUGGGGCUACGCCGUCUUCGCCGCCGACAUGCUCGGCCACGGCCGCUCCGACGGGAUCCGCUGCUACAUGGGCGAUCUGCCCAAGGUCGCCGCCGCCUCGCUCGCCUUCUUCAGGAGCGUCAGGGUUAGCGACGAGUACAAGGAUCUGCCGGCGUUCCUGGUCGGGGAGUCGAUGGGAGGGCUCGCCACGCUGCUCAUGUAUUUCCAGUCGGAGAAGGAUCUGUGGACUGGACUCAUCUUCUCCGCGCCGCUCUUCGUCAUUCCCGAGAGCAUGAUGCCGUCCAAGGUUCACUUGUUCGCGUACGGGAUGCUAUUCGGGUUAGCUGACACAUGGGCUGCAAUGCCGGACAACAAGAUGGUCGGCAAGGCGAUCAAAGACCCGGAGAAGCUGAAGGUGAUCGCGAGCAACCCGAUGAGGUACACUGGGAAACCUAGGGUGGGGACGAUGAGGGAGUUGCUGAGGCAGACUGAGUAUGCGCAGAACAACUUCGACAAGGUGACCAUCCCCUUCUUCACUGCGCACGGGACAUCGGAUGGGCUAGCUGAGUGGUCCGGAUCACAGAUGUUGUACGACAAGGCGAGCAGUGAGGACAAGACGCUGAAGCUGUACGAAGGGAUGUACCACUCUCUGAUACAGGGCGAGCCUGACGAGAAUGCGAAUCUCGUGCUGGCUGACAUGAGGGCUUGGAUUGAUGAGAGAGUUGAGAGAUAUGGUAAGAAGAAUUGAUGGAAAUGAGUGAUGUUUGUAUGCCCUAACAUUGAAGAAUUUGUUCACAUUGUUAUAAAAUCAAUAAAGUGUGCUACAUUAGAUUGAUUAUAGUA